AGCCGCCAGCCCCAGGCACCAUCCCCCAACCUGGCCAGCCCAAGACACCUGGGUCCCCAGAGCCACGCAUGGGCACAGGGGGCCCGCGAGGCAGGCUGCACAGACCCUGUGGCAGGUGGCUGAGGGCAGGCCGGUUGGUGGAUGGAAGGGCCCUGGAGCGUCCCGCCCGGGAGCUCUGUGCACUUGGCCCUCGGCCUGUUGGUCUUGGACGGCCCAGGGGAAGCCGCAGGCGCCCAUGGGCAUGAAAGGCUCUUUCACAGGCUGCCGGGGCAGUGAGCAGGAGAGGCCAGGCAGGCAGCAGCGCCCGCGGCCUGAGACGGCCCUGAUGCAAUGGCAGCCCCUGCCCUUCUGCUCCUGGUGCUGGUGCUGCCCACCAAUGCCUGGCCUGGCCUGGGGCUGCCCCGACAGCCCUGUGUGCACUGCUGCCGUCCGGCGUGGCCCCCGGCCACUGCCCCUGGCCCCUACACCCGGGUGAGUGGGGGAGACCAGUGGGAGGGGCUGCCCCUCGUGCGGCCCACAAUCGACAUCUCCAUCCUGAAAGGUGAGAAGGGCCAGGCAGGGCUCAGAGGCCGCCCCGGCAGGAGCGGAAAGGAGGGUCCACCCGGUGCCUGGGGCCUGCAGGGCCGCAAAGGCCAGAAGGGGCAGGCGGGGCCUCCGGGCGCCCCGUGCCAGAGCGCCUCCGCCGCCUUCUCGGUGGGCCGGCGCGAGGGGCUGCAGAGGGCUGACGGCCUCCAGGUUGUGCCCUUCGACACAGAGCUGGUGAACCUGGACGGCGCCUUCGACCUGGCCGCGGGCCGUUUCCGCUGCACUGUACCCGGGGUCUACUUCCUCAGCCUCAACGUGCACACCUGGAACCACAAGGAGACCUACCUGCACAUUAUGCGGGACCAGCAGGCGACAGCCGUCCUCUAUGCGCAGCCCAGCGAGCGCAGCCUCAUGCAGGCCCAGAGCCUGCUGCUGCCGCUGGCUGCUGGUGACACUGUGUGGGUGCGCAUGUUCCAGCGCGACCGCGACAAUGCCAUCUACGGUGAGCCCGGAGACCUCUACAUCACCUUCAGCGGCCACCUGGUCCAGCCGGCUGCCGAGCUCUAGCCACCGCACAGCCUUCGACGGCACUCUCCCGCAGAGGUGCCCGCAGCCCAACUGCAAUGUCCCAUGCAGGAUGCCAGCCAUGUUUGAGCACUGACUGUGUGCACCGACUGAGCACUGGCAUGCAGCUGGCGGGGCUGGGAGCAAUGGGGAGGGUGGGGGCACCUGUGUCCAGGAUGGUUGGGGGCCAGUUGCCAACCCAGGGGUUCACCCUUGCGGUCGAGUGACCCUUCUGCUUAUAAAGGGCUGU